ACCAGCACUAAUAGAGAUUAAAGAACAUGACGACACGUCUCAUACAUCUGCUGCAGUGCGCAGGGAUCCUCCCAAGUUAUAGUUUUACUUUCAUUCGUGACACAACGGUUUCUUAAAGCACCAGUACACUGGAUACCAGCCGCUGUGAAACAAUAAUAAUAGCUAAGAAGUAGAAGACGCAAUGGCUUCGGGUUUACUGAAGAGAAAGAACUUAGCACUUUGUUUCAAAAUCUGCAUUUAUUUUUUAGAAAACCUAAUGAAAAGGAAGCUGCUCUUUGGUUCGCCAUUAUUGUUCUGCUGUUUGCUCGACCAUGGUGCCUCUGGUGUUGAUACAGACAUAAUGUCAGUGUCUGUGAUGGAGGGAGAUUCAGUCACUCUACACACUGGUGUUGAAACAAACCAACAAGACAGAAUAAGAUGGUAUUUCAAUUACACUCGCAUCGCUCAAAUCACUGGAGAUCUCAGUUUUAUCUGUACAGAUGUUCAGUGUAAUGAAGGUACUGAGAGAUUCAGAGACAGACUGAAGCUGAAUCAUCAGACUGGAUCUCUGACCAUCCUAAAAACACAAACCACUGACUCUGGAGUUUAUAAAGUACAGAUGAGCAAUGACAUCAUAAAGAAAUUCAAAGUUACUGUCACUGGUGCCUCUGGUGAUGAUACAGACAGAGUUUCAGUAUCAGUGAUGGAAGGAGAUUCAGUCACUCUACACACUGGUGUUGAAACAAACCAACAAGACAGAAUUAGAUGGUAUUUCGGUGACACUCGCAUCGCUCAAAUCAGUGGAUAUCUCAGUAAGAUCUGUACAGAUGUUCAGUGUAAUGAAGAUACUGAGAGAUUCAGAGACAGACUGAAGCUGGAUCAUCAGACUGGAUCUCUGACCAUCAUGAACACCGGCAUCACAGACUCUGGAGUUUAUAAACUACUGAUGAGCAACGAUAUUAUAAAGACAUUCAGUGUUACUGUCACUGGAGAUUGGUGGAGAACCAAUGACCCUUAUUCAUGCAGAUGCAGAAGAUCCCAAAUCCAGCGAUAAUCAACAGAGAUCCAGCAGCAGCAACAGCAGCAGAGAUCAACACUGUCAGAUAAAUUGAUGUAAGUUAUUGAGUCUGAUCCACAAAAAUAGACAGAGGUCAGCCCAAAGAAUUAACUUUAAUAUCAGCACUCCCAUACCUGCACAUGUGUGACAGAGUUGACUGAUGUCCAGAUGUUGAGUCUGGUUGCUGAUGGG